UUCCAUCAGAAUUUGGUUUCCAUUUCCACUGUGUGAGCCUUUUCUCUCCAAUGGCUUCAAAACCCACCUCCCGUAUUUCCGAAAACUGGCGAAUGAGUCAAACCCCAGCACAAAAUGACAUCACAUCCGUGAUCCUCACUUGUCUCCACACGCUCUCUCUCAACCCCAUUUAUCGAAAAAUACCUUUUAGAAUUUUAGUUCGGUUUGAUUACUUUUCAGUAUAUUUCGAUAAACCGAGUAAUUUGCUUUUCACUUAACAUUUCUUGCCUUUCACGAGAUGGCUUGAGAUGUAGCUUGAUUUGUGGGGCUCUCUCUGUUUUAUCUGUAUAUAUAGGACCUCACAUGUGCCUGUUCUUAUGUUCUCCUUAAGCUUUGCUUUUCAUUGUUCAUUUUUUUGAUUAGAUGUUCCUGAAUGUGAGGUUCCCCUUGUGUCUUGCGUUCUAGGUUACGUUCUUUCUGGAAAUUUCUGGGUUUUGCAUUCUGGGUUUAUUGUUAAUGACCGAAUGCUUUUGAUUCUUUAGCUGGGUUAUUUUCGAAGUGCCGGUUUUAUGGCGCCUUGAUCUUAUCCCCUUAUUGAAAGAUUUGGCUUCUAUUUCUCAUUAUUUACACCCAGAUUUGAUAUAAUAUAUAUUUUUCCUUGUCCUAUAUUUGGUAAGUAUGAAAAUUUCUCAGUCUCUUAAAAUGUGGGCAGUUCUAGUGACCUUAAUGGUAUUUAUGCUCUGUCGUGGUGAUUCUCUUAAGGAGUGUACAAACACUCCUACUCAACUCGGAUCACAUACUUUUAGAUAUGAACUAUUAUCAUCACAUAAUGGAACGUGGAAGGAAGAGAUGUUUUCUCACUACCACUUGACACCAACUGAUGAUUUUGCGUGGUCGAGUUUGUUACCAAGAAAGGUGUUGAAGGAAGAAAAUGAAUUUAAUUGGGCAAUGGUGUAUAGACAAAUGAAGAAUAAAGAUGGGACUCAAGUUCCUGGCGGUUUGCUCAAGGAAAUUUCAUUACACGACGUACGGUUGGAUCCAAACUCGUUCCAUGGAAGGGCUCAGAUGACAAAUUUGAAGUAUCUACUGAUGUUGGAUGUGGACAGGUUGCUCUGGAGCUUUAGGAAGACUGCUGGUUUGCCUACACCUGGAGAACCGUACCUCGGGUGGGAAAAAUCAGACUGCGAGCUUCGUGGUCAUUUUGUAGGGCACUACUUAAGUGCAUCGGCCCAAAUGUGGGCAAGCACUGAUAACCCUGUUCUCAAAGAGAAGAUGUCUGCAAUAGUUUCUGGUUUGGCAACUUGUCAGGACAAAAUGGGCACGGGCUACCUUUCUGCUUUUCCCUCUGAAGAGUUCGAUCGUUUUGAAGCUAUUCAACCUGUCUGGGCACCAUAUUACACCAUCCACAAGAUAUUGGCAGGAUUAUUGGAUCAUUAUACUUUUGCUGGUAAUUCUCAAGCUUUGAAAAUGGUAACAUGGAUGGUCGAGUACUUCUACAACCGUGUUCAGAAUGUCAUAACAAAGUACACUGUAGAGAGACACUAUCGGGCACUCAAUGAAGAGACUGGUGGCAUGAAUGAUGUGCUCUACCGGUUGUACAGAAUAACAGGAAAUGCAAAGCAUUUAUUAUUAGCACACUUAUUUGACAAACCGUGCUUUCUAGGAAUUCUUGCUGUACAGGCUGAAGAUAUUUCAGGUUUCCAUACCAACACACAUAUCCCAAUUGUUGUUGGAUCUCAAAUGCGGUAUGAAGUCACUGGUGAUCCUCUGUAUAAGGAAAUAUCUACAUAUUUCAUGGACAUUAUUAAAUCCUCCCAUAGCUAUGCAACAGGAGGGACGUCAGUUCAUGAGUUCUGGACGGACCCUAAGAGAUUGGCAGAUACUCUAGGAACAGAGAAUGAAGAAUCAUGCACAACCUACAACAUGCUUAAGGUCUCCCGCAACCUAUUUAAAUGGACCAAGGAAAUAGCAUAUGCAGAUUAUUAUGAGCGGGCUCUUACAAAUGGGGUGCUGAGCAUCCAAAGAGGAACUGACCCCGGGGUAAUGAUUUACAUGCUUCCGUUAGCUCGUGGAAGUUCUAAAGCCAAAAGCUACCAUGGAUGGGGAACCCCAUUUGAAUCUUUUUGGUGCUGCUAUGGCACAGGAAUUGAAUCAUUCUCGAAGUUGGGUGAUUCCAUAUAUUUUGAGGAGGAAGCACAAGCUCCUACGCUUUAUGUCAUCCAAUAUAUAUCAAGUUCUCUUGACUGGAAAUCAGGGAAUGUUUUGCUUAAACAGGAAGUUGCUCCCAUUCAUUCAGAAGAUCCAAACCUCAGGAUGACGAUGAUGUUUUCUCCCAAGGGAUCAGUCCAGUCAUCUACAAUUAAUUUGAGAAUUCCAAGUUGGACAACUGCAAAUGACGCUAAAGUAACACUCAAUGGUCAGAGUUUGGCAAUCAGCCCAAAUGUCAACUUCCAACCGGUUUCUUACAAAUGGAACUCGGGGGACAAGUUAACCCUUGAGCUACCCAUUAACCUAAGAACUGAAGCUAUUGAAGAUGAUCGAUCUGAAUAUGCUUCCAUCAAAGCGAUCCUCUUUGGCCCCUAUCUGCUGGCAGCUUAUAGUGACGGUGACUGGGACAUCAAAACCGGAUCGACUGACUCUUUAUCAGACUGGAUAACUCCCGUUCCUUCUGCUUACAAUACUUUUCUCGUUACUUUCUCCCAAGAGUCUGGAAAGACAUCUUUUGCCUUAACAAACUCAAACCAGUCAAUAACAAUGGAAAAGUACCCCGAGCAAGGGACGAAUUCUGCUGUUCGUGCUACAUUCAGGCUGAUCAUCUUAAAUGACCCAUCUGCAAAAGUCUCAGAAUUGCGAGACGUUAUAGGCAAACGGGUCAUGCUAGAACCAUUUGAUUUUCCAGGAAUGGUUCUAGGAACUCGAGGAAAAGAUGGGGACCUUGCAAUUGCAGAAUCAAACUCUGAGGGGCACUUCUCUGAUUUCUAUCUGGUUGAAGGAUUGGAUGGAAAGAAUGGAACCAUAUCGUUGAAGUCAGCAGACAAUGAAGGGUGCUUUGUUUAUAGUGGAGUGAACUAUGAAUCUGGUCCACAGUUGAAGCUAAGCUGCAAGUCAAAGUUGUCAUCAGAUGAUGGUUUUGAUCAAGCGUCGAGCUUUGUGAUUCAAAAUGGAGUGAUUCAGUAUCAUCCGAUUAGCUUCAUUGUAAAAGGAGCGACCAGGAAAUUUCUGCUGGCACCACUGCUGAGCUUCAUAGAUGAAUCUUACACAGUUUACUUCAACGUUAUAGUUUAGCCCGAUAGGUUGAAAGAAUGAAAUAGCUAACUGAUAUAUCGUUAAGUCUUAUUACAAACUACAAUAUAGAUUAUUUAGUGAUUUUAUUGUCCCCUUUUUUUUUUCUCAAUCAGCUGUUCAAACGCUUUGUUAGAAGCUGAUUACUGUAAUGUAGUUGCUGGUAUAAAUAAAUAUGGUUAUAGUUGGUUUAAA